UGGCUCCUUCGGGAGGGCUCUCUCUGCAUGUCGUCACGCGGGGCGGGGAGAUCGCCGGUUGCCAGGCGCUAUGUGUCACUGGGAAGUGUAGAAAUUUCGGAGCGUCACGUCAGUGUCUCCUCCAUCGCCGCCGCUGCGGGCUGGAGGUGUGGGCUCCUUGCAGAGUAGGGCAGGGUAGGGCAGUGCGGAGCGGAGCGGCGCUCUACUGCUCUGAGUGCAGUCCUAGGGCAGGCUGGUAGGGGCAGCUGAAAAAUUGCUCUUAAGUUUAUACCCAUCUGUGUAUUUGACAUCACUUCUAUAUAAACACAGUCUAGAUUACUUAUUACGGUGUGUGGGCUACGGCAAAAAAAAUAUUGUAAAUGAUUAUGGAAAGGAAGAGGAUGGACUGCCCGGCUUUACCCCCGGGGUGGAAGAAAGAAGAAGUGAUCCGGAAGUCCGGACUGAGUGCUGGCAAAAGCGAUGUCUACUACUACAGUCCCAGUGGUAAGAAAUUCAGGAGCAAGCCCCAGCUGUCUCGUUACUUGGGGAACACUGUUGAUCUCAGCUGUUUUGAUUUCCGCACUGGGAAAAUGAUGCCCAGUAAAUUACAGAAGAGCAAACAAAGACUGAGAAAUGAUACUCUUAGUCAAUCCAAGGGCAAACCAGACUUAAACACAGCACUUCCUAUAAGACAAACGGCUUCCAUUUUUAAGCAACCUGUAACCAAAAUAACCAACCAUGAAAAUAAUAAAGUAAAGACCGAUCCUCAGAGGGCCACUGAACAGCCACGUCAGCUUUUCUGGGAAAAGCGAUUACAAGGUUUAAGCGCAUCAGAUGUAACCGAACAGAUCAUUAAAACUAUGGAUCUUCCCAAAGGUUUACAAGCUGUUGGUCCAGCAAAUACAGACCGAACGUUGCUUUGUGCGAUUGCGAGUGCUCUGCAUACCAGCUCUGCACCAAUUACAGGACAGCUGUCUGCAGCAGUUGAGAAGAACCCAGCCAUAUGGCUGAACACAUCUCAGCCCCUCUGCCAAGCUUUUACGAUCACAGAUGAUGACAUUCGGAAACAAGAAGAAAAGGUCCAUCAGGUAAGGAAGAAGUUGGAAGAAGCACUAAUGGCUGAUAUUUUGGCUCGUGCUGCUGAGUCAACAAAGGAUACAAGUUUGCAGAUGGAUGGCAGAAGAAAUACAUAGGAACAGGUUUAGAAAUUCCUGUUUUUGCACCAGAAGGAAGACCUCAAAACUCACAAGAAAAUACUGAUAAGCAUCAUGUCUAAUGAAACCAGGAGGGCCCAGGCGCAGUUGUGAUACCUUUCUAAUUACCAGCUUAAACCAAGGCAUCUUUUAAUUGUUUCGUUGUACAUAUCUAUAUAUUAUUUCAGAGUAAUGUUUAUUUUAUGGCCAAUAUGACUCAUUUUAUAUUGAAUAGCACAUUUUAAUGUAAUAAAUAAAUUAAAGAAAUAUUCAUAAAUAUAAGCCAGACUGCAAUUUUCUGGAUAUGUAUUGGAAGUUUUUUUUUUAGCUUUUUUUUUGUUGGUACUGCUUUUUUAACCAGAAAGGGAUAUAUUGUCAGGGUUUUUACUGAAAUGGACAUAAUUUUUGAACUGAUGGGCAUUUAUUUAACAAAACCGAUUUAUAUUCUAAAUAGAGAGAAUCCCUGUACAUUCUUGUGUCUAUGUAAAGUAAAUAAAUGACUAUAUUCACAA